GCGUUAAAUAAUUUUUCCGGCCAUAUUGUAUCGAAUGAGUUCGUGAAAUCACUGGCUGAUAUAGAGCCAAAAUAAUUCUUCCAACAUCGGCAAGUUGAGAAGAUAAAAACCGUAAAAUUAUAUAAUGGAGAAUUCCUACGGCAUCGGUGUACGCAAUAGAUACGCUCUGUUUUUAGAUGAUGAAUCCGAUCCCUUAGAAUUACUUAAAGAAAAAGAGCAGGAAAAAGAACAGAAGAAGAAGACUAAAGUAGCCGAAAAAGAAAACAAAGCGAAAACGGAAAUUCCACUUAAAGGCAAGCCGGUCAUCAACCAGAAAAAGGUAGUGAAAGAAACGCCAGUGCAGAAACCGGCGGUCGUCGAUAAUAAACGUGAUCGUGAAGAUUUUAAACCUGCCCACCCACGGACGAAUGUUGAAGGUAAAGUAGACAGAAAUCUCAAUAAAUUUAGUAAUGAAAACCGAGAGGAACGAAAUAAUAGGAGAAAUCGGGAGGAAAGGACUUUCAAUGGUUCUGUGGAAGGCAAUCGUGACCGUGAGGACCGACCUAGGAGAGAAAAUUUGGGCGAAAAUUUUGAAAACCGAAACCGCGCACCUAGAAAUUUCCAGAAUAAAGAGGGCGGAGUGAGGGGACCCGGGGGAGGACCAAAAGGACGUAAUUUUGAUAAUCGACGUGGCAAACGAGAAUUUGAUAGGCAAAGCGGAUCCGAUAAGACUGGAGUGAAACCUGUGGAAAAGCGCGAUGGAGGCGGUGCCCAUAAUUGGGGUUCUCAUAAGGAUAUUAUUGAAGAAGUGGACAAGUCUGUUGAAAUUGACGCGUCUUGGGGAGUUGAAAGUGACAAAAAUGACUCUGGCAUAUCAACAGUGGAGAAUAAGGAAACUACCGAAGGGGAAGUCGAAGCCGCGCCCGAAGUGGAACCGAAAGAAUUAACUUUAGAUGAAUAUAAAGCUCAACAACGCGCUGGUCGCGUUAAACCACAAUAUAAUAUACGUAAAGCUGGCGAAGGCGAAGAUCAAACUCAAUGGAAGAAAAUGUACGAAUUGAAAAAGAAGGAAAACACCGAGGAGGAGAGCGAGGAGGAAGAAUUUGAGGCAUCCGAAAACCCACAACGUGUAGGCCGACAAAAGCACAUCUUGGACAUAGACAUUCACUUUAACGAUACUAGACGUGGGGGGGCAGGCGGGCGAGGUAGGGGAAUGAGAGCGGGACGAUAUCCACGUCCUAACAGAGGAGGAGGGGGAGCAGGAGGAGGAGAUAGGCAGCGUUUUAGAGGCCACGAUGAUCAGGUUAACGAUGUUCAAGAAGACGUCUCGCAUAGGAAUGCUCCGAAGGUUGAUGAUGAACGUGAUUUUCCCUCUCUCGGUUAAUUAAGUCCCCGUUUUAUAAUUGUUCAAAAAAUAAUGAAAAACAAUGUUUCAGUCUGUUACAUUGGUGCACACACCUCUAGUAGCCAAAAAAGUGAAUAAUCAUGUUAUUAGUAAUUGUAGUAAAAAAAGAGUAACUACUUUUAGAUGGCAGUCGGCAGUUGAUUAAAGGUUACUAGUCUGCAGUUUUUACAGUUAUUCUUGGCUACUCAUGUGGUGCUGUCAUGACAAUAUGGUUUUAAUAAAAAUUAUUUGGCCCUUUGAAAUGUGUAUUUACAUGUUGCUCGUAAGUAGGUCAUAUUUACACUUGAAUGAUAUUAGUUUCAAGUUACUAAAGCAGGGCUUUUUGAAUCAAAUUUGACAUCAUCACAUGUAACUUAAAUUUUGCUUUAGUGUAAUUGAUUAAAAGUGCCGUUGUCAUAUUAUAUACAUAAUAUACUUUUGAAUUUAACGCUUAUGUUUUUGUAUGUAAAGCCAAAUUAUUUCUUCGUACUUGACUGACUGUAUUAUUGGAAAUCUGAUACUUUACCAAUGCUUUGGAAGUACCUUUCAUAUUGUUACAUAAUUCAUUUUAAUUUACAAACAACUUUCAAGCUUGGUGUCGUGUCUUUUCUACUGUAAUUGUAUAUAGAAGGGUUAAUUGAAUCUAAAUGCAUUUUCAAUCCUGUUUAUUGACAAAUUUAUGGUUAUUGCUGCUGGGUGGUUCAGCUUUCACAUCAAUUCAAUAUUCACAUAAUGGCAACUUAGAUAUGGGAACCAGGUAAUAAUAAAAACAAUUCUCAGAUUAGCUAUUGCUGUACCCCCAUAUGAACUGCUUGGAGUGUGAUACUGUAAAUUUAACUUUGAUCAAGCCUGGGAUUUCUUUUUAUUUUCGAAGGAUAGAAAGAGUUAGGUAGGUUUUUACUUCACAAGCGUGGAGUAUUUUGUUAUUUUGAACUGAAAGUUGUUAACAUUAUGUCAAAUAGUUAUUAUUUUCUUUCGCAUGGCCCUUUUUUUUCUGCUGUAUGAAUGGAACUUAAAAUUAGUUAAUUGUAAAUAUUUGUCGAAAUUGUAACGUUUAUCCAUCAGGUUUGUGUUGAUUUAAAAUUUUAAAUGAUUCGAUCGAAGUAGUAACUUUUUUUGUUUUAUUAGUUUCUUCGAACUGUACGAAAUUUAUUUAUAUUGUAAUAUUUUGUUAAAUGAGUGAUGGGUAAUUUGUUUAUGACGCACAGUUCGGCGAAGCUAAUAAUUUGUUAUCAUUUUUGUAAAGGUAUUCUAAUUGCGCAUUGUUUACAUUUCUUGGCUUCUUUAGUAAUUUAGUUUUAGAAUAAGUUUUAUAAUUAUGAACCAUGUUUCUGAAAUAUUGUGAGCGUGGCCAUUGUAAUAACAUUAUUUAUGCUGCUUGAAUUUGUUACUAUCUUGAAAUAUGCGAGUAUAGGAAGUGUUAGUGAGUGGUAUUCAUUAAUCGAGAAGACACUAAAUUUUGUGAUGUAACACAAGUUCUAAUAUUCUUGUUUUUUUUUUUUAAUAAAAUGGUUCCUUUUAAGUUCGGGA